AUGUACAACUGUAAAAUAUCAAUUUAAUGUUAUAGAUUGGCCACAUAUUGCCAUAUACUAUAAUUAAAUAAGGCUAAAUAUAAAACAGCAUUUUAUUAUUACAUUUGAUAAUAUAAAGUAAAAAAAAUUCCAUAAACUGAUCAUUCAUUUAAUAUUAAUACUUAUUAUUAUGGAGGAGGAAUAAACAUAAAAUAACUUUCUUAAAGUUAAACAAAUUUUUACAUAUUCUAAAACUUAAAAAAAAAUGUUACUGUUCUAUUUAUCUCUGAUGGACAAAGGGACUUUUAUAGAGAACUAAUUGAAUAAACAAGGCCAUCCGUAGAAAAUUUAAAUUUUAUUUGUAUUGCUGUUGCCAAUUAAUUUCCUACAUUUAUUUCAAUGA